GUUAAGAGAUUUAAGUGUAAGAAGAAGAGGUGUGGUUGUGGAGGUGGAAGUCUCGUCAACACAUCCGCACUAACAACACUGAGGCCAACAUGGCGGCUGCUGCGCCCACUCUGGACGCUCUCAUCCAGAAGUCCACGAGUCCUCUAAACACCGAGGAUGACCCGAAUUCCAUCCAGGCUGUAUGCCAUGCAGUCAGUGCUGAGUCCGGUGGUGUACAGACAGCCGUCAGACUCCUGGCUCACAAGAUACAGUCUCCCCAGGAAAGAGAGGCUCUGCAGGCACUUGCUAGGAUGGAGGCUUGUCCUGUCUACUACUGGUGAUGUCCUUGAUGGUCGUGGUUGUGGAGGUAGAACUUGGAUGAUGUAUUGGAAAAGAUGUUGGAAACAUGUUUGGCAAUGGAGUUGGUGGGGAGGACUAUGUAUCUCUUCUUGGCAGUGUCUUCUCUGGGUGUGUUGAAGAUGUUUAAUGCCCGCCGUCUGCAGUCUCUGACGAAGUGACGAGGAUAGUGGAGUUUAGAAAAUACUUGUUCAAUUAUAGUGCAUUCUUCCUCAAGGAACUCAUUGCUGCAGAUUAUGAGUGCACGCAGGAAGAAGCCUAUAAUUACACCACGUUUGGUUUUGGUGUCGUGGUGAGAGUAGAAGUGGAGAAGAUCAUUUUGGUUGGUGGGUUUUCGAUAGACUUUAAAACGAAGUUCGUGGUCAGCUUUGCAGAACAUCAAGGAAAGGAAGAGUGUUGUCGACUUCUUCUUCAAGUGUGAACUGGAUUGAAGGCUCGACCUGGUUGAGCUUGUCUUGGAGAGCUUGAACGUUGAAGCGUUUAGGAGUUAUGAGGAGAAUGUCGUCAACAUAACGGAGCCAGGUGACAGACGAAGGAAUAAUGGUGGAGAAACGUUCGGCUUGUAGAUGUUCCAUGUAUAGGUUCGCCAGGACCGCACUGAGUGGCGAACCCAUGGGUAGUCCAAAAGUCUGCUGAAAGAGGUGAUUUUCGAAAGAGAAACACGUAAAGCCAACACAUAGUUCAACAAGGUCGAUGAAAUCGCUGGCUGGAAUGGGAAGAUCAACCAUUUAAUUAACUACAGAAACUCAAGACUUAUCGCCACAGAAGACAACACUCAAUACCGAAGAAUCCUGGAAUCAUCGCUUAUCUCUAUAACCAACAAUUUCAACCAGAACAACGGCUUCUAUAACAUAGCUGAACCACUCGCCAAGAAACUUCAUCGCUAUCCCACAUAAGAAUAUAGAACACUGCAGAAGGUCUACUCACAACUUGUCCAAUACCCCUGCCAAGCUACCCAAGACUCUAUAACUCCACCCGGUAGAUCAUCAGAUGCAGCAUUCUCCACCUGACCUGAACAUGACUAUAAAUACUCCCGUACCUUCCACCCCAGGUAGAUCUGU